UACGGCAGCGCUGUCGAUUUACGACCAAGUUGUGUAGUGUUGUGUCAUGGUUGUCAUGUUACAUUCGUACACACUGACAGAUGUCCUUGAAAUGAUCCGGGCAACACUAUCGUUUUAAGGCGUCUCUAAACUCUAAUUGCAGUAGUUUUUGCUGCUUGGUGUUCAAUUUCUCCAGAGCGAAACAAUAUUGUUCCCCCGAAAGCGGACGUCAAAGAAAAACACAUGGCAUUUAGCUUCCUCAAGUAUGCGGUGCUUCUUCAGAAGUACAGAACUCCGUUGCUCGUGGCGAGCUGCGGUGGCAUCUUUGCGGCCAACAUGUUCUACCACGUAUUCCCUGACGUGUCGUACCGCCAGCUCUACCAGGCGUGGUACAAAGGGGAGCCAGUCACCCUUUCUGACAAGCUGGAGGACCUUUUCCAGCAGGUGCUAAAAGACUACAGCGGUAGCUCAUCCAAGAACUUCUCUGCCUUCGCCUCCUUUGGUUUUCAUCCAGUCAGUGCUGGUGUCCCAUGGCUCCCUGCAGGGGCCCAAAUUGGCAUCCCAGCGAACUUUAACAGCACGGACGAUGACCGCAGUGGCAUCACGAACCGGACUAUUUUCAUCAAUGGCAAAGCAGUGGAGUGGGACAGUGAGAUGGGCACGGCUCUCAAGGACUCCCUGGUGUUCUCCCUCCAAGCACAGAAAUUCGCCAUAGCGCGAGAGGUGGCACGUUUACAGUCAGGCGCACCCAUUGUGAGUGCUGCAGUUGCCCCCUUUUGCCUGGGUGGGGUUUGGGUGUACAGCGUGGUGCUGAAGCAAGUGUUCAGCCUUCACGCUGGACCCGCUUUGUUGCGUGGAGCCGUGAAUCUUGUUGCGCUGGGGCUUGGCGCCGUAUCCUACUUCCUCACCUUGGACGCUGUCACCCAGUGGUCCGAUUACUGGUCAGACCGGCGGGCCGCCGGGGUCUCCCGUGACUAUGCGAACGGCGGGGUGGAGUUUUAUGACAAGAUUCUGUCCAGAAACAAAACCCUGCGUGCACUCAUGGGAAAAAAAGGAGAAGAGAUGUAUGCGCCCAGUGGGAACUUGUUUCCCGCCAACAUCCUUCAACUGAAGCACACACCGUACACCUCAAGGAGGGAGGGCAUCCUCGCGCUAAUGAAAAGGGACAAGAUUUAAAGUUACUGUAGUUACUGCAACAGCCCCCACCCACACACACACACACACAUUUGACUAUUUUCCCAUUUAAUAUUAUUUUAAUAGGAAUUAUCUUAUUAGGUUAACAAAAUGUGCAUGAACCUACACACAUAAUUUCCUUACAAAUGCCAGCAAUCAACUGAAAAUGGCCAAUUACUGGCGACUGCAGUGCUUAUUUCCGAUUUGAGGUUCGGCAGUGAAAUGACAGCUUGUAAGUGCUGCAGUGCACACCACUACUCUCUUCAAACAUGAAUUAAACCUUGUAUGAGAAAAUAAUAGGACUAUGAGGAGAAUAUUUGCUGAAAGCAAGUGUGCCAUACCUCAUGGAAAAGAACACCAAGGCAAUAUAUAUGCUUUUUUUUUCUUCA